AUGACAACGCAAGCGGGACCUUCGAGGGAUAUACUCCGAUUCUCAACACAUAGACACCUCCGUCAACGUAUCUUACUUUCAAUCUUAUCUGGUAAAUCAAUCAGGAUAGAUGGGAUCAGAUCUGAUGAUGUUCAAGUUGGCUUAAGAGAUUAUGAGAUUAACCUAUUGAGGUUGGCGGAGAAGAUAACGAAUGGCAGCACGAUCGAAAUUUCAGUUACUGGUACUUCAUUCCUGUUUCAUCCGGGUUUGUUGCCAGGUGGAAGUUACACCCAUACUUGUCAUAUAGGAAGAUCAUUAGGGUAUUAUUUAGAGCUGUUAAUUCCUUUAGCGCCAUUUUGUAAAAAACCUUUUGAUAUAAAUCUAUACGGUGUGACAGGUGAAGAAGGCAGGGAUAUGACUGUCGACAUGAUUAGGACAGUGACAUUACCACACCUCCAUCUAUUCGGUGUCACAGAUGGACUGGAAUUACAAAUCAAGAAGAGAGGUUCAGCUCCCCUGGGUGGCGGUCAAGUGAUAUUUAAAUGCCCAGUAGUAAGGACUCUGAAAACCAUUCAAUUUUUGGAAAAAGGUAAAAUCAAGAAAAUAAGAGGUGUGGCUUACUCAACAAGAGUCUCACCUCAGUUCGCAAAUAGGAUGGUGGAAUCUGCAAGAUCAAUAUUGAAUAGAUAUAUACCUGAUAUCUAUCUGAUAACUGAUGUCUACAAAGGCGAUGAUUCGGGAAAAUCACCAGGAUACGGACUUACUUUAGUUUCUCAAUCCACCACAUCAACUUUACAUUCUUCAGAAACGUUAUCUGUAGCUGGACAGACGCAAACCCCAGAAGAGAUAGCAUUGCACGCUGCCAGAUUAUUAUUAGAAGAAAUAAGUAAAGGUGGUUGUGUGGAUUCGAAACAUCAAUGGUUGGUAGCUCUAUUGAUGGCUUUAGGUAAAGAAGACGUCGGAAAAGUCAGAAUGGGUAAUUUGACUCCUCAUACAGUACAGUUCUUCAGAGAUAUGUUGAUGUUUUUUGGAACCAAAUACAAAUUAGUAGAAAACUCAACUACCGGUGAAGUUGACGUUAGUUGUAUCGGUAUCGGUUAUAGCAACGUCAAUAAAUCGAUGGCAUAG